GUGCUGUUGUGCGCCACACGGGGGCGCCUCUAGUCCUCCGGCGUCCCGUCAGCAUGAAGACGGACAGAAGCGCACUGUGUGCACAUGCUUUCUCUCAGCUACUACUUUAACUAACUCACACUUAGCCAAGAUGGCGGAUUCCGACGGCUGGGACGCUGACAACUUCGAGCUGAGUGAGCCGGUCAGAAAUGCCGUCGCGAAGCUGGACAGAUGGGAAGGCGAGGACGAGGAGGAAGACGUGAAGGAUAACUGGGAUGAUGAGGAGGAGGAGAAGGAAGAAGAGAAGAAUGUUGAACAGAAAAAAGCAGAGGUGAAACCCCCUGAGAAGAAAAAAUUAACUGAUAAAAUAAAAGAGAAAGAAAUUUUGCUAAAGAAAAAUCAAGAUGAGUUGGGAAAGAAGAUGGAGGAAACAGCGAAAAGUGAGAAUCUAUCACUAGAGGAGCAGCAUGCAGAGAAGCUUCUACUGAAGAAACUGCAGGAGGAGGCAGACAUGGAAUUGGCCCGUGAGGCGUUUGGUGUUGAUCCUGCUGCUGCAAACGCCUCUACUACUGUUAUUACAACAAACAAUGCCUCUGGAAUUGAAGCCAUGUGCCCUUCGUCCAAAGAUGACUUUGUUGCAUUUGAAAAAUUACUGAAAGAUAAGAUAACACAGUUUGAAAAAUCAGUGCAUUAUUCCAGCUUUUUGGAGUCACUGUUUCGAGAGCUUUGUAUUUCAUUGGAAGUAGAUGACCUGAAAAAAAUAAGUAAUUCUUUGUCUGUUCUGCUCAGUGAAAAACAAAAGCAAGAAAAGGAAAAGAAGGCAACUAAGAAAAAGAAGAAAGGUGUAGUCCCUGGUGGUGGAUUUAAAGCAAACAUGAAAGAUGACUUUGCUGAUUACGGUGGUUUUGACUGUGGCAAUGACUAUGAUGACUUCAUGUGACGAAGGUUCAUCGUCCCCCUUCCCAUUCCCUCUCUGCCGAGAUGCCCUUGCAGACAUGCAACAUUGCCCUUUCAUGCUUCUUAGUGCCAUCUUGAACACUGAACAAUGUGUCGACCCUUUACUUGAUUCCAGUGGUGACAGACUCCUCAUAAAGCUGCUAUCAGCCCAUAGCACCUCAGCGGCAAAUGGGGGAAAGUAAAUUUAUUCAGAUGGCCUUGAAAUCUCAUUUUUAUAUCUAAAACAGAUUGUAUGAUGUGGGACAUUUUUGAUGGAGGUGUUUCCUCCGAUUGGCUUAAAUAAGCAUUUCAAUGCCUUAUAGAAAACUUUGUAGACAAUAUCUUUUUUUUUUCAAUAUCUGUUUUCGUUGAAAGUGACUUAUGUUUUUAAAGCUGUGCAAUUUCAGUUACACAGAAGUAAAUGUGAUGCUCUAUGCAAAUUCAUUUCUUCCAAGAAUGUCCUUAUUGAAAGUAUGGUUGUACUUUUCUUACAUAUUUAUGCACAAUUGGAAACCGUUUUCCAGAUGUGAACCAUUCAACAUUUGAAAUCAAAAUAGGACGUUUGUCAGUGCUUUGUCAACACUACAUAAUGAACAGAGGAGGCACACUCACUGAAUGAAAGAAUGGAAAAAUGAAAGUGAAACAAAACUGAAUCCAGGCAUCAUCUUGAAUCUGUUGACAUUGCCUUCAUGUGAAAGCAGAACAGACUUCCUGUUGUGCAGUUUGUCUGCCAAAGUAUAUUUUAAAUGAACUCAGUAUUGCUGCACAUUUGAUCGAUUAAUGAUAUUCAAUAGUUUUGCUCAUAUGACAGUAUAUGAUCGGUUUUAAUCAUCACUAGUUGAAGCAACAGAUCCAUGGGGUUUUGUGCUUUUGUUUUACCAAUUGUCACUAUACAUUAAGCUUCUACAGGCAUGAAUGAAGUAAAAUGAAAUGCAAAUUUGUUAUUGGCAAAAAUAUUUAUAAAAAAAAAAGAGCUUGGAGGAUUUUCUCAUACAUUGUUGAAAUUGGGCAAAGAUAAUACAAAGACAUCGUUUUUUUUAAAAGCUCUAAUUUAAUAAAAUCAUUGGACUAAAGGUAUUGCUUGGUAUUUUUGUAAAGGGUUUGGACAACUUCAGAGUUUUUCUAAUUAAUGAGUGAUAAAUGGCGUACAUGUUUGUUUGAGUGUAAAUAUGAUGUUCUACUGCCUUGAUUUUGAUACUCUGAAGUAUGCAAUAAAUAUUUGAGUAUU